CAUUCUAAAAUUCUCGAACUUUCCACCAUCGUCAGCAUCCUCAGAACCACCCUCUCUCACCUUCUCUCUCCCGGGGGAGAAAGAGUGAGAGAUAUAAACAACCACCUCAAAUUCUUAGAUAUUUUUCUCUCUCUUCCCCAAUUUCUCCACACCCCAUUAUUCUUCUUAUUUCUCUAUGAUUUAGCAAUUCAGUAUAAAUAUAUUCUCAAUUCGUCGACCCACCUUCAAAUUAAUCCCCAAUUUUCGCAGCCGUUUGAUUUCGGAAUCGAAAGAUGGAUAGAGAAGGAGGAUCCAAUGGUGUUAAUGGAUCUUGUUAUUACUCUGUUCUUGGUCUCCGUAAGGAUGCUUCUUCCUCCGACGUCCGCUCCGCUUACCGGAAACUCGCUCUCAAAUGGCAUCCGGAUAGGUGGGCGAACAAUCCUUCCCUCGCUGCUGACGCUAAACGCCGGUUUCAGCAAAUUCAAGAAGCUUAUUCAGUGUUGUCGGAUCAGGGUAAGCGGUCAAUGUACGACGCUGGAUUCUAUGAUCCCACAGAAGAACAAGAUCAAGGAUUCUCUGAUUUUAUGCAAGAGAUGCUGACAAUGAUGGACAAUGCUAGAGGGGAGUCGGAUAGUCUAGAAGAUCUCCAAAAGAUGUUCGUGGAAAUGGUCGGCGGCGACGGGAUGGGCUUUGACUUCGACGCUGACCAAACGGCUGCGAAGAAGAGGUCACGUAGUGGAGGCUGUGCAGCUACCAAAGGGAGCGCCGCACCAAAACGAAGCUCCCCUCGUUGCUGAAACGAUGCCGUCUGUUGUUUGUGUGUGAUGUUAUCUAACCCAAUAGUGUCAACUUUAGGCCAUUUUAAUUGUUUGGAAGUCCUCUUAUUUUUCUCUCAUUUUAGACUCUUUCAACCUCUUUUGAGUAUUGAGUCUGUAAUGUUUAGACUAUUUAGUGAAAUAAACAUUUCUUUCAUGGUA